UCACUGACUAGCUUUAAGCACCAUUUCGCUAACCCGCAAUUCGAAUGGGAAGUCAAGGAGAACUACCAACCAUGCAUUAAACUCUCCUUCUUCUUCAAGAAGCUUCCCUCGGUCUCCGAUUAUGACUUCCAAAUGCAUUACAAUCACGUGCACGCCGACCUCACUGUAGCUUGCAAGAAGUUUCACGCUGUGAAAGUGCAGCGAUACGUUCAGCUGUAUCAGUCCCCACAGAUGAAAGAGAAGGUGAAGAGCCUGGGUAUGGAGAUCCUGGAGUAUGAUGCGUGUAGCACAAUUUGGGUCAAGACGUGGGACGAUUGGGCGGAGUUCAGUGGGAGUGCGGAGUACCAGGCUGCCCUGAUGCCAGAUGCGGACCACUUCAUGGAUUACAAGCAUAGUGGGAUUAAAGUUAUGGCCGGGUAA